GCGGCAAAGCACUCCAUCGACUUGAACUCGGCGUGUGAGCUGCAAGAUCGUCGCACGACGUCAGAAAGAGCUCGCAUUAUAGCUCCGUCCAGCGCUACACAUACCGCAUCAUAACCAGUGCCUACAUUGCACCACACAUGCGACACUGCAUCUGCUCCAUGCUGCUGCUGCUGAGGCUGGCGAGAGGCCUCCAGCGCACGAGUGCCAGCGCACGCUUGACGCCGCGAGGCCUCCAGCGCACGAGUACCACCGCUUGCCUGACGCCGCGGCGCGCGGCAUCCGCAGCCGGCGACUGGCUUGGUCACCGCAGCGAUCCGCUCGUGCCGGCGUCGGGUCCCGGAGACGACUGGAUCGCACGCAUUGCUGCGGACGACCACCCCGGAGGCUUCGCCGCGGCGAAGUCGUUCGUGCCGAAGGGUGCGACGCUCACGCAUCCGCCACGCAUCCUCGUGCUGCACGGGUCGCUGCGCGAGACGUCGUUCAGCCGCAAGCUGGCCAACGAGAUGGCUCGGCUCCUAGAAGUGCUCGGCUGCGAGGUGCGGUCCUUCGACCCGAGCGAUUUGCCGGUUCGGGAUCCCACAAUAGAGGACCACCCGAAAGUUGUCGAGUUACGAGCCCUCUCGGAGUGGAGCGAGGGCCACGUCUGGGUGAGCCCCGAGAUGCACGGUUGUAUCACCGGCGCGUUCAAGAACCAGAUCGACUGGCUGCCCCUCAACACGGGCUCGGUCCGGCCGACGCAGGGCCGGACCUGCGUGGUUUUACAGGUCAACGGUGGAUCGCAGUCGUUCAACGCUGUGUGGAAAUCAACCAGUGAGUUAGGUUAUCCUGAGAAAUAUUGCGUGGACCUUCGUGAGCCUCCACGCCAUCGAGCCGACGUGGCCACGGGGACAAUGUCGCGUCGAUGGCGUGGAAUCGCCACGCCAUCGCGCAGACGCAGCUACGGAAAGCACGUCGCGUCGAUGGCGUGGGGCGCCCGAAAUUUGAUUUCCACACAGGUUCAACGCCGUCAACGAGCUGCGGAGGCUCGCGCGGUGGAUGCGCAUGCCCUGCUGCACGAACCAAAGCAGCGUAGCGAAAGCGUGGAAGGAAUUUGAUGAGGAGGGCCGCAUGAAGCCGUCGGACUUCCGCGACCGCGUGGUCGACGUCGCCGAGGAGUUCCACAAGUUUACAUUAAUUAUGCGCGAGUACGCCGACGACCUCAACGACCGGUUCUCGGAGCGGUCCGAGAAGUACGAGCAGGGGAAGCUGCUGACGCAGGCGGAGAAGGAGAAGAUGCGGUCCGCGUAACG